GCUGCAGAGCUAACAUGGUAAAAGAAGUAGUCCAACCUUCAAAAGUUGCAGACAUUAAUUCCAGCAACUUUGUUUUAGCAACACUGAAUAUAUUUCUCCUUGCCAAAACCCAAAAAAAAUUUCACAUUUUCCCAUUUCUGUUUUUCCCCCAACAUCAUUUCAACUCUUGUACGCACAAUUUACCCAAUAUACAGUAUUGCUUCUUCUACAUUUCCGUGUCACUGAAUUUUAAUAUUGCUUCAAAUUUUUCCCAAAUUCAAAAAUGCGUCCUGCAGGUACCCAGGAAUGCAGAAAAUGGAGUGAUAAGAAGAUGGAAGGGCAUGAUGGGUUGAGAACUGUAGAUUGCUUGAGAGGAAGAUUACUUGCAGAAAGACAAGCUUCUAGGGUUGCAAAACAAGAUGCAGAACAAAUGGGUAACAAGCUUGUAGAGCUAGAGAACAGACUCAGAGAAGAGAUUGAAUUGAGGAAGAAAUCUGAGAAGAAGCUGAAAUUCUUGAUGAAGAAGCUCCGAUCUUUAAAAAUAUUGGAGGAAUCAUCUUCAUCUGCAUUUUCCUCUGCAUCAUCAUCUUCUACUAUCUCUUCAAUCUCCAUAGAACCAGAACCCAACUCUCAUAUCAUAAACUCAAAUUUUCAACAUGAUCUACCAGAUCAAACCCACCAAAGUUCUUCCAUUGAGCACAGUUUAAGUUCUGCUGAUUCUCAUCUCAAAGACCCUCCCCCUAUUGACAAAUCCACUGAAGAUGCAAAGAGCAUCACUACUGAUAAUUCCAGCUCUUGCAGCUUAAGAGAUCCAAUAAUGGAGAAGGAGACAAAUAACGGAACAAGUAUUGGUGAUGAUACCCAUUACAUUGAUGACUCAUUGGCACUUGUGCCAGUAAAUUUAGCGGACACCAAGAGAGCCACUUGUGAUGUAAACAUUGGUAAGAUAAACAUCAAUGAAGUUCUUGAUGCCUUAAAGCAUGCCAGGGAGAAGAUUCAGACCUCAAUGAUGGAAGGAAAAGGAAGAAGAAGAAGAAGAAGAAGAUAAAUUAUUAGGGUUGGACCAUCUUGAGUUUAUUCAUUUCUUUAGUAAUUUGAAUUGGUUGAUGUUAAUAUUCGCAAUGAUGUGAUUAUUUUUAGUAACAUUUUCAGAUGAAACAAAUGAAGGUGACAUGUGAGCAAAUCCUUUCACUAUAUCUGAAUUAUGUUCCUUUUGUAUUAAGGGUAACUUGCUAGAAAAAUGUGGGACCUAUGGUACUUGUACUG